AGGCCGGGCGCGCCGCUCGGCGCGCGCCGCUCACCCCGCCGCGCGGUCGCCCUUUUCUUCCUACCCCCCGCCCUCCCCCCUCCCCCCCAAUCCCUCCCCAUCCAUCCUCAUCCUCCGACGUUUGUGAUCUGCGUCCACUGCCGCUCCCCCGCCGCGCCGCGCCUCGAUGGGGGCCCGCAGCUGCGGCCCGCCCUGCGCCGGGGAGGACUGCGAUCUGCCUGGCGGCGCGGAGCCAGGCGGUGUCUGCUGCGGCGGCGCGCUGCGCCCCGCUGCCUGCGGCCUGGCGCCCUGUCAGGUAGAGUGCGCGGUGCGGCGGCUGCUGCUGGAGAGGCGGGGCGAGGACGCGGCGUGGCCCGAGCGGGCCGCGCAGCAGGUCUACGUCGAGGCGUCGGCCCUUCCGCACGGCCCGCCAGCAGCACGGACGCGGUGCGCGGACGUGGUCUGGGGCCGCGAUUGGGGCGAGGCAUCCUGGAGGCCGGAGGCUGGAGGCAUAUUGCUCCUGCAGGCCCAGAGCCAGGGCGGCGCCGCCAACGUGCGCGCGCUCGGCCGGCGCGGCGGCUCGUCGGCGGCGCUGGACGCGCCGGCGGAGCUGACGACCAUGGCGGAACGGGGUGUGCGGGGCGAGACGCUGCACGCCGUGAGUGGACUCGCGCCUGAAGACGGCGUCGAGGGCUCCGCUCUGGCUGUGGUGUCCGGCGAAGUCGUGCCUCCAGGGCCCAGGGCGGACGGCACGCCCUGCGUCGACGGGCUGGCGUUCAGGAUGCCUGGCUUUGGCAGCUCCGAUUCUGGGCGUUCUUCGUGCUUCUCGCAGUCCGUCGGGUUCGCCGAGGCUGCCAUGGCUGUCGCGAGGCGCGCCGAACACUUGCACGACGGCGUCGACGAGGAUCCCGAUGAUGACAUCGAGCGCGCAUCGGACCCUAUGUGCGAGGCGGAGAUUAUCCUUGCCACCGAGGAGGAGCUCCCCUGCGAUCCCAGCUGGGAACCGACAUCCCGCCGCGUCGGCGGCAGCUGA